GCCGGCGGAGCCCGGUUCCGGAGGAGGGGACGCUCCGGACCGAGCUCGCCGUGUAGCACGCCCCGCCCCUGGGAGGCCGGCCUCCCGCGCGCCCCGACUGCCCGCGGCCCUCAGAGGACCUGAGUGCUCCGGCUGCCGGCCCGUGUCCCGGGCCCAGCCGCCUCCACGGCCCGGCCCGCCUCGGGACUGGAGCCCAACACUGCCGAGGGGAGGAGGGCCAGGGACGUGGGGGCGGCCACGGCAGGAUUACCCACCAUUUAAGCCAAUCAUGGGAGAGAUUAAAAUCUCUCCUGACUAUAACUGGUUUAGAAGUACAGUUCCUCUGAAAAAGAUUAUUGUAGAUGAUGAUGACAGUAAGAUUUGGUCACUCUAUGAUGCGGGGCCUAGAAGCAUCAGGUGUCCUCUCAUCUUCCUUCCCCCUGUCAGCGGGACUGCCGAUGUGUUUUUCCGGCAGAUUUUGGCUUUGACCGGAUGGGGCUACCGGGUUAUAGCCCUGCAGUAUCCGGUUUAUUGGGACCAUCUUGAAUUUUGUGAUGGAUUCAGGAAACUUUUAGAUCAUUUACAGUUGGAUAAAGUUCAUCUCUUUGGGGCUUCUUUGGGAGGUUUUUUGGCACAGAAAUUUGCUGAAUAUACCCACAAGUCUCCCAGAGUCCACUCCCUCAUCCUCUGCAAUGCCUUCAGUGAUACCUCCAUCUUUAACCAGACUUGGACUGCAAACAGCUUUUGGCUGAUGCCAGCAUUUAUGCUCAAAAAAAUAGUUCUUGGAAACUUCUCUUCUGGCCCAGUGGACCCUAUGAUGGCAAAUGCAAUUGACUUCAUGGUGGACAGGCUGGAAAGUUUGGGCCAGAGUGAACUGGCUUCCAGACUUACCCUGAAUUGUCAAAAUUCUUAUGUGGAACCUCAUAAGAUUCGGGACAUCCCUGUGACCAUCAUGGAUGUGUUUGACCAGAGUGCACUUUCAACUGAAGCUAAGGAAGAAAUGUACAAACUGUAUCCUAAUGCCCGGAGAGCUCACCUUAAAACCGGAGGCAAUUUCCCAUACCUGUGCCGAAGUGCCGAGGUGAACCUCUAUGUGCAGAUACAUCUGCUGCAGUUCCAUGGCACCAAGUACUCAGCCAUCGACCCAGCGAUGGUCAGCGCCGAGGAGCUGGAGGUGCAAAAGGGUAACCUCAGCAUCAGCCAGGAGGAGCAGUAGCGGUGGCCCUGGUUGUGGGAGAUGAGGUGACCCAGCGUGCCCCUGCACGAUCGGCCUCUGCCUCCAGGUGCAGCCGGCUCAUGGUUCUCACUGUUCGGGAAGC